GGCUGCAGCCCAGUUCUGGGAAGCUUAACUUCAGCAUUGCAGCCCCAGCCAUUGAACAUCACUGUUUCCACUAUGUGCUAGAAAGUGUUCCCAUCCAAUUCUAUGAGUCAAAGAAACUUACACUCAAGCCUUUUAUAUGCUGAAAUGGCUUGGUCACUUCAUCACCCCCGCCCCUCUCACUUCCUGAAGCUGGCUGAGUCUCACAGAGAAACUUCAUCUCACUCCCACUGGCCAGAAAAGGAAGAAGUGUUUCCAUAGUUACGUCAGGCCAGCUGCCUCCACUUCCCUCCUUAGAGCUGGCCCUCGAAUUGGGGCUGGAUUUCAGGCCGACAAGGUGGCCUGUGAUACGACGGGGAUCUCCAUGGAUCUGCCUUACUACCACGGCCCCUUGACCAAGAGAGACUGUGAGAUCUUGCUGCUCAGGGAAGGAGUAGAUGGCAACUUUCUGUUGAGGGACAGCGAGUCGGUGCCAGGAGCGCUGUGCCUCUGUGUCUCGUUUAAAAAUUUGGUCUACACAUACCGAAUCUUCAAACAGAAACAAGGGUGCUACAGUAUGGAGACUGCGGAAGACGCUCAAAAACAGGUCUUUCCAAGCCUAAAGGAAUUGAUCUCCAAAUAUGAAAAACCGCAUCAAGGGCUGGUGGUUCACCUUUUAAACCCAAUAAUGAGAACGAGCAGGAACCUGGGAUGGAGAAGAGUAAAGAUAUCACAGGAUGAUAAUUAUGAGAACGGUAACAAUGAUUAUGUGAGAGUCUUGCCUUGAAGAUAAGGAGACUGAACAAAGGAAGUUAGAGAUGAAGUGACCCUGCUUCUCUUGUAGAUAUAGGUCUGGAAUGCCAAACUCUUAUGGACAAAUUCAACUUCUUUAUGUUUGGGUAACUGAAGAUGUUUAACCAGCCUCAGAGAAGUCACUCCCCAUGUCCCUGCCUCCCAGGCAUACAGCGUGAGAAGCUUCAAAACCCCUCUCCACCUCUCACUCUUAUUUCAUGGAAUGGGUUAGCCUGAACCCUGAACCUAUUCUUCUUGACUUGUUAAAGGCACUAUCACUACAUCAUGGUUGACACCCUGCUUCCUACUGGGCAAUCAGAGGGUCAGCUUUGUACAGAAGAGACUGCACUUGGCAUCGAAUUACAAACCCUGAGUUCCAGUCCUGCCUCCAUCAUUGGCUAUGGGACUUUGAACAAACACUUCCCCUCUCUGGGUCUCAGUUUCCUCACCUAUAAAGCAAGUGGCUAGACUAAAGGAUACACAACUGCCCCAACUUCUCUGCCAAACUGGUUGUGUCAGGUGGAGUUGGAAAGUCCCGGAGUGAUAAAGAUGUAUACAGGAUCAGUUAGGGCUCAGGGUCCAGCCAUCAGAUUCUGUGCACCUGCCUGCACUGGUCUCAGUCAUGGUGGAAGCCCUGACUUUACAGUCAAAUUGCUAGAACUCCCACUCACCCUUCUCCCUCAGCCUGGGUUACUUUCCAUUGAACUCUCCUCUUUUUAAAUAUUGAUCUUCGAGCCAAACAUUUCCCUGGACACACUUUUUCCCUUGUUUUGCCUAAUUCCACCUCUGUACCAACCACCUCUGCUGCAUGGAUGUGAUUUUCUGCAGCGAUGCAUGUAGGGAUUUAAAAAGAUGUUCUCCUAUGUGUGAUUCUGGUUCUCCACUAGGUUCUAAGAACGGGCUACCAAAGCAAGGCUGGGACUUCCUUCUGUCUUCCACUGUGUGUGGAAAUGUGUGCUAUGCAGAAAUUGUGGCCAGGAAAUAUUCAUGGAAGUUACUGACUGGAAGCCCAUUCUUGAAGGUUUUGUUGAAUUGGUUUCUAUGUCUUUGAAUUUCUCUGCUGGUUCCAAAUAUUAAUUAAAACCUGGUUAGUUCAGAAUGUACUGAAUUCUAUCUAUGCCCUUUCUCUUCCCCAUUUUCAAAAUCACAGUGGUUCAUUUUGCCCCACUGCCCAGUGAGCUGGUUUGUUUGAGCUCUCGGGUCACAGCAAUCCAUGGCUAUUACCAACUAAAAACAAAAACAGUCGCUGCCAGGUCAACUCUAACUCAUGGUGACCUCAUGUGUGUCAAAGUAGAGCUGUGCUCCAUAGGGUUUUCAAGGGCUGAUUUUUCAGAAGUAGUCACCAGGCCUUUCUUCCAAGGUGCCUCCGCAUGGACUUGAACCAUCAGUCUUUCCAUUAGCAGCUGAGCAUAUUAACCAUUCCCACCACCUUGAGGCUCCAACUAAAGGAGAAGCAAAAUGCAACCAUAUUUAGAAAGCUAAGGGUGCUGAGUCCAUCUGGUUCUAAGUCUUUGAUUCUCUUUCCAUGGUGUUAAGAAGCAUGUUCCAGUUUCCAGAACCUACAGCAAUCCUUAGCCCAGCAAAUAUGUUCAAUUGAUAUUUUUUGAAUAAAUGGAUAAAUCAAUCCAGGAAAUGUGGUCACUCAUCCUGCAUAAGAGAGAUUUGCUUGAGUUUUAUAAAUUUCAAAAUCCAUUACAUGGAGCCUAUUAGAUCAAGAUCCUUUCAUUAUAGCUCUCCUAAAAGUUAUUUCUCUUUUCCAAGCAUCCAUGCAUAGCAUCUUGCACAAUACUUGGUCCACAGUAGGCAUUCAGUACAUUUCUCGAAUGAGCAAGUCACAUUUAAUGGCUGAUGUUGAUGCCGUGCUAUAAAUCCCUGAAAUUUUUAGAAGACCCAGAAUACCAGGUCCCAGUAGGAACAGCUGAAACCCCUGGGUGUGUAUGACUGGAAGAGUGAAGACUUAAACUGUAGCAGCUAUUAUAAGUGUUUGAAGUGCUAUUCUGUAACAUAGGGAGUAGACUCACCAGGUACAAUGCCAAACAGAACUUGGACCAAUGACUGAUUGUUUUUCAACCAAAUGUAAGAAAGAACUCUGAACCCACUAGAGCUAUCCUUACACUCCAAUAGUCUAUGUUAUAGUUCAAGUUGAGUCUGAUAUUUUUCAAAGACGUAGGAGAGAGAAUUCUUGCCCUGGGAAGAGAUUAGACUGGCUGACUCCUAAAAUACUUUCCAAGUCAGGAAUAAUUGGAUUCUACUCUCUUCUCUUCUCUUAAUUCUCUUCUUUAUGUUUUGACCUAGGCGUGAAGAGUCGAAUUAAUCACACUCCUUAGCUCUUAAUUCACUAUCACUGUUAGAUCGUGGAAGGCCCUUCUUUUGUUUUAUUUCAUUUUUCUUGACUUCUUCUCUAAUCCCAUUCCCAAUUUUCAUCCCACCAAUAGGAACCAGCUCUGUACUAUUUUGAUACAUGUCCUUGGGUAUCUAUGUGCCCUUGUAGAAUAUAUAGUGUUGGUUGUAAAUAUCUAUCUUUUACAUUUACGUAAAUGGUAUUGCUGCAAACAAAAAAAACCUCUUUCAAGUGUUAAAAAGUGAAGAUGUCACUUUGAGGACUACGGUGUGCCUGACCCAAGCCAUGUGUCUUAGUUAUCUAAGUGCCGUUAUAGCAGAAAUACCACAAGUGGAUGGCUUUAACAAACAGAAAUUUAUUCCCUCACGGUUUAGGAGGCUAGAAGCCCAAAUUCAGGGUGUCAGCUCCAGUGGAAGGCUUUCUGUCUCUGUUGGCACUGGGGAAAGGUCCAAUCUUCCCCUGGCCUAGGAGCUUCUCAGUGCAGCAACCCUGAGUCCAAAGGAUGUGCUCCGCUCCUGGCUCUUCUUGCGUGGUGGUAAUGAGGUCCCUCUCUCUCUCUGCUCGCUUCUCUCUCCUUUUUCUCUUGUAAGAUAAAAGAUGAUGCAGGCCACACCCCAGGGAAACAAUCCUUACAUUGGAUCAGGGCUGUGACCUGAGUGAGGGUGUUGCAUCCCACCCUAAUUCUCUUUAACAUAAUCUACCCUUGCCUCAUUAACCACAGACAGAGAUUAGGAUUUACAACACAUAGGACAAUUACAUCAGAUCACAAAAUGGAGGGCAACCACACAAUACUGGAAAUUGUGGCCUAGCCAAGUUGACACAUAUUUUGGGGGAAACAAUUCAAUCCAUGAUACCAUGGUAUUUUUAUUUGCCUCAUAUGCAUGCGAAGGCCGGGCAAUGAAUAAGGAAGACCAAAGAAGAAUUGAUGCCUUUGAAUUAUGGUUGGUGAAGCAUAUUGGAUAUACCACGGACUUCCAGAAGAAUGAACAAAUCUGUCUUGGAAGAAGUACAGCCAGAAUACUCCUUAGAAGCAAGGAUGGUGAGACUGCAUCUCAUGUACUUUGGACGUGUUAUCGGGAAGGACCAGACCCUGGACGAGGACAUCAUGCUUGGUAAAAUAGAGGGUUGGUGAAAAAGAGGAAGACUCAAUAAGAUGGACUGACACAGUGGCUGCAGCAGUGGGGUCAAGCAUGGCAAUGAUUGUGAGGAUGGCUCAGGCUGGGCAGUGUUUCGUUGUCUUGUACAUAGGGUUGCUGUGAGUCAGAACCAACUUGACAGCACCUAACAACAACAACAAAUGGUACUGUACUAUUGCUCCAAUUUUGUUAUGACUUUUUGCAUUCAACACUAUGUUUGGUUCUAUUUCAUACUGUUGAGUAUACAUCUAGUUCAGUGCCUCUGAUGCAUGCUAUUCCAUCAUAUUUUGCAUCCACCACAUACCACAUUUUGCUUAUCCUCUUCUAGAGAUAGACAUCUAGAUUGGUUCUAAUUCCCUGCUACCAGAAACAACACUGUGAUGAGCAACCUUGGACAAGUCUUCUUAUGGAACUGUAAGAAGGUUUCUCUGGAUUACAUGGGUUGGUCAGAAAGUAUGUUCUUGCUUAAUGGUGAUAUAAUCAAUCACAUCAAGUAUUUUUGCCUUAAGUUUUGUGCUUUUUGGUUCUUGUUUAAGAAGUACUUCCCUACUCCAACAUCAUAAAAAAAAAAAAUUAUCCUACUUUUGGUGAGAAGGGGGAGGAGAAAUAUUAUCUAAAUAUAUUUCAUGGUUAUUGGUUUAUUCAAUUAUUGUGUCAAUUUUGGCAUUACUUUUCCAGGAAUUUAUCCAUAAUUCAAAAUUAUUGGCAUGUAUAGUUCAUAAUAUUUUAUUUUUAAAUCUCUGUUGUGACUUUAGUCAUAUUUCCUUUUUCACUCUGUAUCUUAUCUGAAUUUUCUUAUUUAUUAAUCGGUUUUCUCUCUUAUUAAUCCUUUGAAAGCCAGCAUUUGGUUUUGUUAAUCUUUUGUUGUUGUUUUUUGUAGAUUGUUAUUCUCUAAUUUUAUCCUUUUUUUUUAGAGGGGGCUUAUCUGGAUUGUUUUCAAUAUUCAUUGCUUUCUAAUAAAUAUAUUAAAGCUAUGAAUUUACCUCACAGUACUACUUUAACUAUAUCCCACAAAUUUUAAUAUGAAUCAUUUUUCCUGCUGUUCAGGUUGAAGUAUUUUUAAUUUCUGUAAAGAUUUGAUCUUCAAUUCAAGGGUUAUUUACUAGUUUGUGAUAUGUUCUGAAACAUAUAUUUUUAGUUCUCAUUUUAGUAUAGAUUUCAGAUUAUAUACCAUUAGUUUAUUUGCCUCUGAUUUCUGAGGCUUCCUUUGCUGACCUGGUAUAUGUGAAUAUUUUGUUGAUAAGAAUUGUUAUUUCUGUUCAGUGCAAAAAUCAUUCUCAUCCUCCCUUCAUAUAUAUUAAAUAUUAGAGAUCAUGUAAAAUAUUUGUAUAUGUUUGACCCAAAAUUUAAUAAAGUUUACAUUUCCAGUUAUAACAAUUAUGUUUAAAUUGUCCUCAUGGUUCUGUAAGUCUUGUUUUAACUAUUUUCAGGCUA